CAGAGUUAUCAGGCAGAACACGCUUGGUGCCAACCAGACCGCUUUCAGCUCAUCAUCUCAGGAGGACAAACACAACAGGAGCAGCCAUGAGUCUCAACUGGCCUACUGACUACAGCUCAGUUUUUAGAUUAGUGGACCUCCACACUGACACCAACAACUAUGAGCAUCACACCAGUGAGAUCUCCGUGAAGGAGCUGAUCGUCAGACGAGGCCAAGCCUUCAAACUCACCCUCAAACUGACUCAACCUUUCAACCUGGGCUUUGAUCAGCUCAUAAUGACUGUGGUGACAGGAAAUGAUCCAUCAGAGGAUCUGGGGACGAAGUCUCGCUUCGGCGUCCCGGGCCGGUCACUGCAUUCAGCUUCAGCCAAGGCGGUGUGGAAGGCAGAGCUUCAACGGGGCUCUUCUCCUGAAACCGGAGUCCUGGUUCUGAUCGUUUCACCGCCAGCUGACACGCCCAUCGGCGAAUACACGCUGUCUGCCAGCCUCAAGGACAAGGAAAAGGUUUUGGCAAACUUCUCUGUCCUCUUCAACCCGUGGAGUUCUGGUGAGUUU